AUGGAGGGGGAGAAUGCACCAGUGUACUGCAUUUGUCGAAAACCUGACAUCAAUUGCUUCAUGAUGUGAGUUUAAUCAGAUGAUCAUAAAAGUAAUCAUAAAAUGACUUUGAAACAUUAACCUUGGUUUCAUGGGGCUCACAUCUGUUUUUCUUGUAGUGGUUGUGACAAUUGCAAUGAGUGGUUUCAUGGUAACUGCAUCAAUCUCACAGAGAAGAUGGCAAAAGCUAUUAGGCAGUGGUACUGCCUGCAGUGCCAAGGUGAGGUUUUAAUGGUUUACCAUUCACUAUCAUUCACAUUGGGUACUUGUCACAUGUGCUUUCUAAACUUACACAAUGUCUGUUGCUUUUGAUUAGACAAAAACCCAUCAUUGGAGAUAAAAUACCGUCCAAAGAAGAGCCGUGAAAAGGAGGCAGAGAGCCAGAGAGAGCCAGAGAUACAUUUUGAAAGACAGAACAGCACUCCAGAUUAUAAAUCUGAAAAGCGCCGUGGAUCAAAGGUUAGUUAUUUUACAUCUAAAUGUUAUGUCCCCACUUUCUUUCAAUGUAUCUCUACAGUUGUGCGUAUUUGGAACUACUCUGUUGGCAAACAUACAGUGCCUUCAGAAAGGAUUCAUACUCCUUGACUUAUUCCACAUUUUGUUGUGUUAUAGCCCGAAUUCAAAAUGGAUCAAAUAAAAUGUUUCUCUCACCCAUCUACACACAAUACCCCAUAAUGACAGUGAAAACAUGUUUUUAUACAUUUUCGCACAUUUAUUGAAAAUGAAAUACAGAUAUCUAAGUAUUAACACCCCUUUGGCAAGAAUUACAGCUUUGAGUCUUCAUGGGUAUGUCUCUAAUAGCUUUCCACACCUGGAUUCUGCAACAUUUGCCCAUUGUUCUUUUCAAAAAAUGUUCAGGCUCUGUCAAGUUGGACGUUGAUCAUUGCUAGACAACCAUUUUCAGGUUUUCAAGUCAAUUUAAGUCUAACUGUAACUCAGCUACUCAAGAACAUUCACUGUCUUCUUGGUAAGCAACUCCUGUGUAGAUUUGGCCUUGUGUUUUAGGUUAUUGUCCUGCUGAAAGGUGAAUUCACCUCCCAGUGUCUGGUGGAAAGCAGAUGGAACCAUUCGUUUAUUUUUUAUCCUGAAAAACUCCCAGGCCUUAAUGAUUACAAGCAUACCCAUAACAUGAUGCAGCCACCACUAUGCUUGAAAAUAUGGAGAGUGAUACUCAGUAAUGGAUUGGAUUUGCCCCAAACAUAACACUUUGUAUUCAGGACAAAAACGCUUUGCCACAUUUUCUGCAGUAUUAUUUUAGUGCCUUGUUGCGGAAUAUUUAUUCUGUACAGGCUUCCGUCUUUUCACUCUGUCAAUUAGGUCAGUAUUGUGGAGUAACUACAAUGUUGUUGAUCCAUCCUCAGUUUUCUCCUAUCACAGCCAUUAAACUCUUAACAGUUUUAAAGUCACCAUUGGUCUCAUGGUGAAAUCUCUGAGCUGUUUCCUUCCUCUCUGGCAAUGGAGUUAGGAAGGAGGCCUGUAUCUUUGUAGUAACUGGGUGUAUUGAUACACCAUCCAAAGUUUAAUUAAUAACUUCAUCAUGCUCAAAGGGAUAACACUAUUAUUGUUGAACACUAUUAUUGCACACAGAGUGAGUACUGGCAACUUAUUAUGUGACGUUUUAAGCAAAUCUUUAUUCCUGAACUUAUUUAGGCUUGCCUAAACAAAGGGAUUGAAUACAUGUUGACUCAAGACAUUUCAGCUUUUCAUUUUUUAUUAAUUUGUUAAAAUUUAGAAAAACAUAUUUCCACUUUGACAUUAUGGGGUAUUGUGUAUAAGCCAGUGACAAACAUCUUAAUUUACUCUUUUAAAUUCAGUCUGUUACACAACAAAAUGUGGAAAAAGUCAAGGGGUGUGAAUACUUUCUGAAGGCACUGUAUCUUUGUCUCUUCUGUGUUUCUCAGGUUAAGCGCUCUGCUCGUAUGUGUGGGGAGUGCGAACCCUGCUUGAGGACUGAGGACUGCGCCACAUGCGACUUCUGCAAGGACAUGAAGAAAUUUGGGGGUCCCAACAAAAUAAGACAGAAGUGUCGAUUUAGGCAGUGUGAUGUCCGAGCCAGGGUGAGUUUCCUAAUGAGACUAUGCCAUCAAUCUUAUUUUUCCUCCUAACUUAUUUUCAACUGGUCAAAAAACAGUUGUAGUCUUGCAAACUGUGUGACAUAAUGUCUCUUAUUCUCUGUGCAGAAAAUGUUGCGUGUGAAGGAUGAAGAGUUUAAUUUGCGUGAAAGGAGGGACAAUUCCUACCACCGGCGAAGACGAUAUUCAGAUGACUACGAUAGUGAGGCAGAACUCUAUGAAAAGUACAAGGCGGCAGGAUACGACGAAUACAUGGUAUUACAAUAGAAUGUUCAGCCUAGUUUCUCAUUUAUCUAUCAACAACAAAUUGAAAUGCAUUCAAAAUACAAAUAGAUCCUUAUUAUUGUCCUUGUUGCUUUUGUUCUUUAGCUUGGAUAGCACAUUUUCAAGUCUUUUGAAUGUGGGUUCAUCUAUUGUUUCUGUUCAACCCAGCCAUGGCUCAGUGAUGAGGAUGACGGGCCUCCCUUCAGCCCUGUCCUGCGAAAGAAAGCUGUUAAGGUCAAGCAUGUGAAGAGACGGGAAAAGAAAUUUGACAAGAAAGUAAGCAAACUUUAUUUUUAGAUCUUGCAGACACACAACGAUUAUUGAUACUUGUAUCCAUGCAGUCCACAUCUACCAAAUAUUUGAAUCUUUCAGCUUUUGUGUUUUAUGGCAUCAUGGGAAUAUUACUGUUGUGACAAAAUACAUAAAAGUGCAAUGAUUUUACAUGAUAAUAUAAUAUGUGUGCAAUGGGGUUUGUUUUUGUGACAUCAGAAAGCAUCACGGCGGCACAAACAGAAGCAGAAGCACAAGGACAAACUUAGGCACAGCGAUAAGGGCGAUGCCAGCGAUGGAGGAGGGCAGCGGCAGUGCCUCGGGCCCAGCUGUGUGGAGGCAGCACGAGCCAACUCCAAAUACUGCUCAGAGGAAUGUGGCAUAAAGCUGGCUGCCAAGUAAGGGCACGAACACCAAAACUACAACACUGACACAUGCAACAGUAAGAAACCCUGUAAAACCCUUUGUAUUUCUGUCUGUGCAGCCGGAUCUUUGAGAUUCUCCCUCAGCGUAUCCAGCAGUGGCAGCAGAGCCCCUGCGUCGCUGAGGAGCAGGGCAAGAAGCAACUGGAGCGGAUCCGGAAAGAUCAGCAGAACGCCCGCAUGCGCCUCACCGACAUGGAGAAACGCUUCCACGAGCUGGAGGGCAUCAUUGCCAAGGCCAAGCAGCAGGUGGUCCAGCAGGAUGAGGAGGUGAGCCACUGCAGUAUUUAUCCAGUGGGGUCGAAGCUCCUCAGCUAGAGAUAUGUUUUGCCUGUUUGGGUUCAAAUGUUUCAGGGGCUUUCUGUUUAUUUAUAGUUAUUCUAUUGUUGUUUUUUUGGUUCCUGUUUCAGACGAAUGAAGGGGAUAAUGAAGAAACAGAUCUGCUGAUUUUCUGUGUGUCCUGCAGUCACCCUAUCAACCCAAAGGUGGCACUGCGACACAUGGAGAGAUGUUAUGCUAAGGUGAGCCUGUAGAUGUUGAGCCAACCCCAAAAAUGCUUUAACGUAUCCUUCCUUUCACACCUUCCCUCUAACUCAGUUAGCUUAGCGGGACAGGGUUUCAGACUGCAGCCAUUUUCUUGUAUGUAGUAAAGACUUCCGCAUACAUAGUUUCGGUUUGCUCCUUGCAGAACUUGACUAGGCCAUGCGAACGUCUGUGCUCACAUACUCCCUAAAGACCUUCGGCAAUAUUACUGUUGUUUUUCCCUCUUGAGCCACCUUAGCAACAACAUGGCCAGAAACAAUCCUCAAAAUAGUCUAAGAAUUAAUCUAAGAUAAAUCAAGAAAUCUGUAAAUCAUUUAAGUGUUUUUUAAAUUUAUUUAUCUUUGUUUGUUUUUUUGUUGUUGUAGUUUUUACCCCUUUUUCUCCCCAAUUUUCGUGAUAUCCAAUUGGUAGUUAGUCUUGUCCCAUCUCUGGAACUCCCGUACGGACUCGGGAGAGGCUAAGGUCGAGAGUCAUGUGUCCUCCGAAACACGACCCUGCAAGCCGCACUGCUUCUUGACACACUGCUCGCUUAACCCACUGCUCGCUUAACCCGGAAGCCAGCCGCACCAAUGUGUCGGAGGAAGCACCGUACAACUGCCGACCGUGUCAGCGUGCAUGCACCCGGCCCACCACAGGAGUCGCUAGAGCGCGAUGGGACAAGGACAUCCCAGCCAGCCAAACCUAACCUGGACGACGCUGGGCCAAUUGUGUGCCGCCUCAUUGGUCUCCCGGUCGCAGCUGGCUGCGACACAGCCAGAGAUUGAACCCGGAUCUGUAGUGAAGCCUCAAACACUGCAAUGCAGUGCCUUAGACCGCUGCGCCACUCGGUAGGCCCCAUUUUAAUUUUUUUUGCAGAGGAAGUCUUUUACAUUUAGCUAAGAUGUUUGGUGCAGUAUUUCUCAAGUGGGAAAGUGUGCAUGAAAACUAGUAGUGCACAGCAGACAGUAGGGCCUAGCUGCCCUCAUCUCUAGUUGAAUGACAGUAAACACUUAAUUGAAUAAUCCCGUCCAUAGUUCCCACCCCUACUGUUUACCAAUCACCGACGAAGGAGUGUAGACUUCGGCUACCGAACUUCGACUUGCCUUAAGAAACAGUUUUGUGUGCGCGAAAAAGACGAAGAAAACCCUGCUGAACACCAAAACAAACAAAAAGGUAACAAUGUCAUCAUAAUAUGUGCGUUAAAGGUUUUGACUGGGAAGCAUGCAACAGGCUUUAGACCAGGGGUGUCAAACUCAUUUUAGCUCAGGGGCCACAUGGAGGAAAAUCUAUUCCCAAGUGGGCCGGACCGGAAAAAUCAUGGUGUGUAUAUAUAUAUAUAACUUAAAAACAACAACUUCAGAUUGUUUUCUUUGUUUUAAUACGAUCAACAUACAACAUAAAGCUGGAGCCUGAGGACAGUGUGUCCAAAAUAGUACAAGCACAACAUCACUAUUAAUCAUAAAACAUGUCAAGUUUAUUUGAAAAUUCUAAAGAAAAAGAACACACAAACAUACAAAUGUCCUCAGUGAUUAACAGAACUGUUUCACAGAUCAUAGCAGAAAUAUAUCAGGGUGUCAUUUCUCGGCAGAAAUGUAGAUAAAAAUAAUGAAAUCUGUUCCCCAAAACAAGUGCAAGAAAUCAACAGAUCAAAAUAGGUAAAUAUACAAUAAAAAUGAAAAUUCAAUUAAAAACAAUUAGCACAUCAACCAAAAAACAUAUAAACAUAAGCUGGAGCCUGAGGACAGUGUCCAAAAGCACAACAUCCACUAUUAAUCAUAAAACACCACAAGUUAUUUGAAAGUUCUGAGGACAAGAACACAAACACACAAUGCCUCAGUGAUUCACAGAAGUAUAUCACAGAACUAUAUCAGGGUGUCAUUUCUCAGGCAGAAAUGUAGAUAAAAAUAAUGAAAUCCUGUUCCCCAAACAAGUGCAAGAACCACAGAGUCAAGAAUAGGUUAAAUAUACAAAUAAAAUAAAAUCAAUUAAAAACAAUAGCACAUCAACAUAUAAACAUAAAUCUGAAAGCGUUGCUCAAACUCCCGUAACAGUCCAGUUAUUUUAUCUUUGAACCGCUUCAUGUCUGCCACAUGUUGGGUCGCGCACACAUUUUUCAGACAGGGGAAGUGAGCUGCAUCACCACCGGCAAGUUGCGUCUCCCACAAUGACAGCUUCAACUUGAAAGAACGUAUGCUGUCAUAAUACUGCGUGACAACUUUGUUGCGCCCUUGCCGCUGUUUGUUCAAGUUAUUCAGGUGCUCUGUAACAUCCACCAUAAAUGCAAGGUCCGGCAUCCAUUCUGCGGAAUGAAAUUCUAACACUGGUUUGCCCUUUUCUUCCAUGAACUGUUCAAUUUCUUCUCGUAAAUCAAAGAAACGCCUCAGCACAGCACCUCGGCUUAACCAUCUUACCUCAGUGUGGUAUGGCAGGCCAUAGAUGUGGUCUUUCUCUCUGAGAAGGCUGUCAAACUGACGGUGAUUCAGGCUUCUGGAUCGGAUGAAAUUAACAGUUUGGAUGACCACCUUCAUGACGUUAUCCAUCUUUAAUGACUUGCAACACAAAGCCUCCUGGUGCAAAAUACAGUGAAAAGUCCAUUUGCAGAUUGCACUUUCUCUCUGAACUUUGUCACAACGCCUGCUUUUUUCCCGAUCAUUGAGGGCGCACCAUCUGUAGCCAGGCUGACAGCGUGGGACCAGUCCACUCCGACCCUGUCCAGCGCGCCGACGAGUGCGGUAAAAAUAUCAGCUGCUGUCGUUGUAUCUGUCAUCGGCACCAACUCCACGAACUCCUCGGUGACGGUCAAUGUGUCAUCAACUCCGCGGAUGAAAAAAUGGCCAGUUGUGCAACAUCUGUAAUGUCCGUGCUUUCAUCAAUUGCAACCGAAAACGCAAUAAAUGAUUUUACUUUUUGCUUCAACUGGCUGUCCAAAUCCACUGAAAGAUCAGAAAUCCUGUCUGCAACUGUGUUUCUUGUCAGGCUGAUAUUUGCAAAAGCCUGCCGCUUUUCAGGGCACACAAUCUCCGCUGCCUUCAUCAUGCAUGUUUUUACAAAUUCACCCUCACUAAAUGGUUUUGAAGCCACUGCGAUUUCAUUAGCAAUGAGGUAGCUAGCUUUCACUGCAGCGUCACUGAUGUCUCGGCUGUGAGUAAACACAGACUGCUGUUUCUUCAGACCCGCCAACAGUUCAUUCACCUUCUCUCAUCUCCGCUGUCCUUGAAAGUUGUCAUAUUUGUCGGCAUGAAGACUCACAUAGUGGCGACGAAGGUUAUAUUCUUUCAGCACUGCAACAUGCUCUGAACACACCAAACAUACAGCUUUCCCAUUCAAUUCCGUGAUUAAAUAGGAUGACAAUUUUUCUUGGAACACUCUGCACUCUGCGUCCACUUUUCUCUUUUUUGACAGAGACAUAUUGGGGCAAUGAGGGUGCCAAAGCACAUAAUGUUAAAAGUAGAAGCCGUAAUAAAUAUCGCGGGCAAAACAAAGUAGCUCAUUGGCUGCACGUGCUUGACCUACUUGCUCUGCCCCGGUAUAAACAGUUUGCUUGCUUAACACAAUUGCUAUUGCGCCAUCCAGUGGACGCAAUUGGAACAGCAGUUUAUUUUAUUGAAAAAUUGCAGCGCAUUUUUAUACCUAAAAAUACAAUAAAAAAUAAAAAAUUAUUUUUAUUUUUAUUUUUUUUAAUCAUCUCGCGGGCCGGAUUAAACCCGUUUGCGGGCCUGAUCCGGCCCGCGGGCCGUACGUUUGACACCCCUGCUUUAGACAGACUUCCUAUUUAGCUUCUCUGAUCUUGGUUCUGACAGUUUGUGGUAUACAUCCUGACUGCAGUGCACUUGCCUGAUAAGUGUCUGCUUGCAGUUGCUGCAACAUCCUAUAUGGGGAGAAGAUGAAACGUACAGAAUGAACACUUAAUAUAGAGUACUAGCAAUAAGAAUAUAUAAGUUGCAAAUAUGCACUCCUUCCAAAAGGACAAAGGAAAAGUGUACUCUUGUAAACUGAUAACAUUCUGUAUUUCUCUCUCUUUUGCAUUGACAGUAUGAGAGCCAGACUUCUUUUGGUUCCAUGUACCCAACUAAGAUCGAAGGGUAAGAGAGUCAAGCACUUUGAAUGGGUUUGCUAGAAGUGGACUUUGUUGCUUUCUUUAUGUUUCCAUAUUGUGUCACCAAGGUAUUCUAUGUACUUUUUGUUUUCUCAGAGCAACAAGACUCUUCUGCGACGUGUACAACCCCCAGAGCAAGACCUACUGCAAGAGGCUUCAGGUCUUGUGCCCAGAGCAUUCCAGGGACCCAAAGGUCAGUGAUGAUUGGCAAGUCAAAUCCAAAUAACUUUGUCAUAAAGCAUAAAGCACACUAAUUGUCCUGCUGUUUGACUUAUGAUUUGUAUCUUGGCUUCUCUUGCCCUUCUCUUGUUUUGUGGGUAGGUCCCAGGGGAUGAGGUGUGCGGCUGUCCUCUGGUCCGUAAUGUGUUUGAGGUGACGGGAGAAUACUGCAGGGUUUCUAAGCGCAAAUGUAAUAAGCACUACAACUGGGAGAAGCUCAGAAGAGCUGAGGUGGACCUGGAGCGUGUCCGAGUGGUUAGUAGUGGAAUGCACCACAUCAAUCUCUUAUUUUAGGACACUUCACCAGGGUUGGGGUCAAUUCCAUUGGAAUUCCUGGAGAUUCUAAUCAGAUAGAUCCCAGAAUUCCAGUUCAUCUCUUGAUUUUAGCUAACUUGAAAUGAAAUUGACUAAGACCCUGGUUAUAACAAACAUAUUAUUGGCCUUCAUAAAUGGUAGUUGAUAUGAUCAUGAAAGUGAAUUUUAAAGAACAGUUGAUUUCAAAGAUUGUUUUAGUAUAUUAAUCAUUACACCUUGCUUUUCUCCCAAAAUGUAUUUGUGAACAGUGGUACAAACUAGAUGAGCUCUUUGAGCAGGAGCGCAACAUGAGGACUGCUAUGACCAACAGGGCAGGUCUACUUGCUCUCAUGCUGCACCAAACCAUUCAGCAUGACCCCCUGACAACGGAUCUCCGUUGCAACAAGGACAGAUAGCCAGCCACAUCUGCAUCUUCAUGUUAUUUCUGAGUGGCAUUUGUUAGAUUUGUAGUAUAUCUUAGAUUAGAAUAUAAUCCAUUUUGUAGAGACUUUGGCUAUUUUUAUGAAGGAUUUUAAAACCUUUGUGCUGAAGUUGAUGAACUGAAAUAUUUGAAUGGUAAAUUAAUAUAUUUUUCCUUGUGUCCGGUACUAUUGCUGUCCUGUCACUGCUGGUAUCUCUCUCAUGAUAGUCCAAAAAAUAAAGGAUAUGUGUACAACAAGAAGUUGAUAAU